GUUUAUUUUAAAAACCAAGUUAAUUUUUUAAUUUCUGCAAAAUAAUGGAAGAAUCGUUUUCUCAAGAGGAAUUAGUAUUACCACAAUGUAAAUAUGAAUAUUUGGAUCACACCGCAGAUGUUCAAUUACAUUCUUGGGGAGACAGCCUAAAAGAAGCCUUCGAGCAAUGCGGUAUCGCCAUGUUCGGCUACAUGACGGAGCUCCCGUCCGUAGAAAUAAAGCAAUCGUCGGAAAUCGAAGCCACCGGCCACGAUUUAGAGAGCCUUUUGUUCCAUUUUCUAGACGAACUUCUAUUCCUAUUCAGCGCCGAACCGUUUCUAAUAUGCAGCAAAGUGACCAUUACUCAAUUCGUCUGCGAAGGCGACGAAUUCAAAAUAACCUGUAAAUGCUACGGGGAGGAAUUCACGUUAGGGAAGCACCCCCAAGGCACCGAAGUGAAAGCUAUCACUUACUCGGCCAUGCAAAUCAUCAACGAACCUAGCCAAAACAAAUUUGAAGUAUACGUUAUUAUAGAUAUUUAGAUUAAUUAGUCGUAGGUUUUAUUAAAAAUAACUGUUAUUUUUCAUAGUAGCACGUUUUGUAUUACUCGAACCCCUAGUCGAAUCGAAUUACAGGCGCUCGUCACAGCGAUUAAUCACAGUGAAGAAGAGUUAUCACUGUUUGACCGAUAUUUUAUACAUCAGGCGCGUGUCGCAUAUAAUUAAUAUAUGCGGAAAACAGGGGUGCAUCGGGGUAGAGAGGG